GGCGGUCCAGCCUGCAGCGACAGCCAGUCCUGCCUGUCCACAGCCCCAUUGAACUAAUAUGAAUAUUAAGAUCCAAUCCCAGUCAGGGGAAACACCAGAGGACUCUUCUUGAUACCAAAUGUCAGUGGAUCAGAUUAACUGUUCUUCGUCUUUGUCUUCAAACAGCUCCGUAGGCACCUUGACAGUUUAUCUGGGCCGCCUGAGCCAGUCUGGACCAAACCCCGAUGAGGUGUCACGUUACGCUCGUGACAUCAUCGUCCAUCCAUCAUACGACCCCCUGAGCUACAACAACGACAUAGGCCUUUUGAAGAUGUCGGCCCCCGUGAAGUUUUCAGAUAGCAUAUUUCCCGUCUGCUUAGCCUCAGAAAACAGCACUUUCCACACCGGGACAAGCAGCUGGGUCGCCGGUUGGGGUGUAACUGCUGGCGGCGACAUUUCCGACGUCCUUCAGGAGGUGAAUUUACCCGUGGUGGGAGACAACGAGUGCCAAUGCACCUACCCUGAACUCACAGAGAACAUGAUGUGUGCUGGGCUCCAAGAUGGAGGGAAGGACACAUGUCAGGGAGACUCGGGUUCGGCACUGGUGACCACAGAUAGUGAAGGUUUAGUCUGGUUCCAGAGUGGGGUUGUGAGUUUUGGUUUGGCCUGCGCUCAGCCGAUGACUCCUGGAGUUUACGCCCGUGUGUCGCGGUACCAACGAUGGAUCAGCAGCAUCACCGGCAGCAGCAAACCGGGCUUUGUUACCUUCACCUCACCAGGUGUGGACAGCGACUUGGGUUAUACCUGUCAGUUACCUGCAACAAGCACCAGUUCACCAACUCCCACCAAGGACGGCAACAGUAUAUUUGACGGCGGUGAAAACCUGGUCCACUUCUCCCGCUUCACUCACUUCAUGUCGCUCUGUGUUCUGCUUCUUUCGCUUUAUGUUCUGGUUGGUGACGGGUAAGACGUGAAAUUAUUCGCUGUGUUGGAUAACGAACGCUCUGCUUUUGAUCUACACGCAAAACUUUUAUUCAUAAAAGAGUUGCCUGACUCAUUUCUCUUUAACUGAAGAGUAACUUUGCUGAAAACCAGUGACUACCUGUGUGUGUCGUUGCACCUGUCGCACCUGCAAAGCAAACCCAUCGGUGACAUCCUGGAGCGCACCUGCAUGCCACUGCAGCAUGGCGAGACGCUGCCCGUCUGGAGGUCGGCGACAGCAACAACAUUUUCAGGGCAGUGUUGAGUUUAAUU